CGCCGCGCCGUCGCAGGCUGUCCGCCCGCCGCAUCCAGCUUGCAUCACUGACAAUAGGAUGGGGAGGGGGAGGCGGGGGUGAGGCGUUCGAUGCGACCCAUCCUGAUCCUGAUGCUCACGGCGCGCGCGCCCGCCCGCAGGUAACCUGGUCACGGUGCUGGCGCUGGCGCGGUCCCCGGCGCUGCGCGCGCACGCCACCACGGCCUUCAUCAUCUCGCUGUGCACCUCGGACCUGGUGUUCUGCGCUCUGUGCCUGCCGCCCACGGCCGCGCGCUUCCUGCUGUCCCGGUGGCCACUCGGGCCGUUCGCCUGCGCCGUCUUCCCCCUCCUGUUCUACGGCAACGUGGCCGUCUCCGUGCUCAGCAUGACCGCCAUCGCCAUUAACAGGUACAUCCUCAUCAUGUGGCACAGCGUGUACGCGCGGCUGUACUCGCGCCCGCACAUCCUGCUCAUGGUGCUGUUCGUGUGGGUGGUGGGCUUCUCGCUGCUCGUGCCGCCGCUGCUGGGCGCCUGGGGCUGCCUGGGCCUCGAGCCGCGCUCCUUCAGCUGCACCAUCCUCAAGAAGGACGGCGCCUCCCCCAAGAAGCUCGUGUUCGUGGUGGGCUUCGCGCUGCCCUGCACCGUGAUGGCGGCCGCCUACUCGUGCAUCUACUGGCGCGUCAAGCGCUCGCGGGCGGCGCUCAAGGCGCACGGCACCUCGGGCUCGCGCCUGUCGCUGGAGGCGGUGCGCGCGGCCGGCCACGCCGUCAACAAGAACCCCAAGGACGUCGUCGGCAAGCCCGCGGCCGCCGGCACCGGCGGCGGUUUCAGACGCCGCGACGACCGGCGGCUCACGAGGCUCAUGCUCACCGUGUUCUGCUCCUUCCUCGUGUGCUUCCUGCCGCUGACCCUCGUCAACGCCAUGGACAACCUGGGUGCGCCGCCCACGCUGCAGCUGCUGUCCUCGGUGCUGGCCUGGGCCUCGGCCGUCAUCAACCCCUUCAUCUACGCAGCCACCAACAGGCAGUACCGCGCCGCCUACCGCCGGCUGCUGUGCGGCUGCGGCGCCGACCAGCCCUCGGCCAGCGCGCCCUCGCCGCGACAGCGCCUGCACCACCGCGGCCGCGUCACCUCCGACUCGGGCACGGCCACCGUCACCACGGCGGGCCGCGUGGGCUGAGGGGGGCGCCGGGGGCGCCGGGCCCGGGCCGGGGAGGCUGCCGCGGCGGAGCUGCAGGCGCCCUCGGAAGCAGUGCUGCCGCCGUCCCCCCGCGGCCGCGGCGGCGCGGCCACCCCUGCCCUCCUGGGGACACGGACACGGGAUCGCACCAGCACGGUGUGACAAUGAACAGUGCUCCAGCUGUGUUUUCCCCUCCCGUGCGACUCAUCCUGGCGUCGCUCGCACCAUGGCGCAAACGUCAUGGCCCUCUGCCACAGAGACCGUGUACAAAAAUGACUUUGUUUGUUCUGAAGUUUUGUAAAUGCUGUAUGCCAAAGACAAUUGUGUAAAACUCAUAGGUUAUAAAAGUCUGAGAAACGACGA